AUGAGUAAAUCAUUAUCUUUACAAGAAUUCUAUGCGAUUUACAAGCGGUGGGUGAUUAAUAAUCCGGGACUAGUGACGGACGUGGAAACAGUUGCCACAUGGUCCUCUUACUUCGUGGCGGGGAAGAUAAACAAAUCGCCCAUAGUAUCGGAAUUGGUAUACUCACUCUCUAAACUCGUGUCUCUGUUCAACGACAGGCUCAUUAGGGAGGCGUAUGGUACUGGAGAACCUUAUUAUGGACUUCGAGAACAGAUCAAGCUGUGGCUGACAGUCAUUCAUUACUGUGAGGUUUUUAUUGAACUUCUAGUGAAAAACAGAUGGGGCACAAAAGGGAAAUGGACUGUAGCAACUUUGCUGCAAGUUUUUAAAUGCUCUUCAGCUCUAGUACUGCUCUUCAGGUUCAAGGAACUGCCAAUAGCUCACCCCCCAAUAGCUGUUCUACAGAGGAAAAAGUUUACAGAAGGCAGAGAGACUGAUGAGAAUUCUAAUUCAUUUUUCACUCUUCGGAGAUCAGGGCGCCUUGUGCGACGCGUCGAUGGGGCACCAGCAGUAGCCUUCCGUGACUGGGAACCUGUAAAAAUACAGGAUGACAGACCAGGUGCAGCUGCUAACGUAAAGGACUUGAUUUAUGCUGAGUCAUUACAUAUAAUGAAGCCACUAAUUCACUUGGCAUCCAUGAGAGCUUUUGGAACUAAAGCAUGGAAGCAGUGGCUCGUAGCCCUCUGUUUGGAUAUGGCAAGUAUGAAACUAUAUAGCAAAUACAUGAAAGACUUGUCAUAUGAUCAGCGGCUAGAAAUAAGUCGCAGAAAGUUGAGUUUAGUCUUGUAUCUCUUGAGGAGUCCAAUGUACAAUGGAUACUCAAAGAAUGUAAUAGAAAAUGGUUUGAAUUCUAUGUCAGCGAAGAUACCAGCCAUGUCCUUCAUUUGUGGUCCGAUCAUUCAAUACCUUAGUCACUGGCAGGACAUUUACUUCUACAUGUGGGCUUCAUAA